GUGAGGGAGAAGAAGAAGGGAGGCUCUCUUAUCACGUGACAGCAGUGGCUUUUUGCCUGUCACAUGAUGCCAGAGGUUUAAAGGGGACGCUGCUGGCAGGUCUAAUAAGACGUGGAGCCCGGAAAAAGAGAAGUGAUCUGGACAGUUUAUAUGAUCAUUAUUUUUGAUAACAUGGCAGAUGAACUAAAAAGGUUCCUGUACAAAAAGCUGCCAAGUGUUGAAGGUCUUCAUGCCAUUGUAGUGUCUGACAGAGACGGUGUGCCUGUUAUCAAAGUUGCCAAUGAUAAUGCUCCAGAGCAUGCUCUUCGACCUGGUUUCUUAUCAACCUUUGCACUUGCAACCGACCAGGGCAGCAAACUGGGGCUUUCCAAAAACAAGAGUAUCAUCUGUUAUUACAAUACUUACCAGGUGGUUCAAUUCAAUAGGUUACCUCUGGUGGUGAGCUUUAUUGCUAGCAGCAGUGCCAAUACAGGAUUGAUUGUAAGCUUGGAAAAGGAACUGGCUCCCUUGUUUGAAGAACUGUCUCAAGUUGUGGAGGUGUCUUAACUUGAUGUCCUGCUCCCACCUACCCAAGUAUAACAUCUCUUCCAGACCAAACAGAAGAGUAUUUUCAACAGUCCACCAUGUAAUGAGUGUCUGGGAGAAUAUGCCACCUUCUCCUACUAUUCUAAAAUUUAAAACUGUACAUAGUGCUAAAUCUGUAGUGAAAUACCAGUGUGACAGGGGAAGGAGGCUAUAGCUGCAGCUACUUUUGUUAAAUGACUCCCAUGGAGUUAAUCUCAGGCACACAGAUCUUGUCUGGUCAAAACAUGCCACCCACAGCCCCUGUGAAACAGUGGACUACUUCUGUCACAGUGUCCCGGAGGAAAAUCUCCCUUGAAAAGUUUUGCUAAUGUUGAUACACAAUCAGUGACUCAUGUCAAUGUUUGAAUAAUGAAAUUGGAUAUGCUGGCCAGGGGGUUCUUGGAACCAUAGUCUAAAUGAACAAUUUGGCCAAGGUUUUGAGUCUGUUAACCAUCUUUUAAAGAAAAAAUCACCUUAGUUUGGUUUAGUACUGCUUCACCUCUUACACAGAGAUCAGAUCAGUCAGUAUGCUUUCUCUUCAUACUAGUUUGUAAACUAUUUAGUUGAACUCUUCAUCCUAUUUCAAUUUGAUGUUGGAAUACAUAUAAUUGAGGUGUUUUGCUGGCGUAUUUAUCUUUGGUUGGGUUGCUUAAACAAAUCCAAAUAAAAGAGAGUGGAUAAGA